AAGUCCACACUAAACUCAACAUAACUCAUUCUUCAACCACUCACUUCUUUCUUUCUUUCUUUCUUUUUCCAGUCCCAACACAUUUUCUUCAGUUUCGCUCACUUCCUCACUCUCUCUUUUUCCGUUCCAUUCUCUCACAUUUCACAAAACCAAAACCCUAACUAACAUUCUUACAUCACAAUCUCACGCGCCACCACUCACCAGAUCUAUAACCAACCGUUUCAAGCUAUGAACAACUAACUUCAUCUCAAACAUGUCAAAUUCCGAUCCUAAUAACCGUCACCGUCAUGGUUCUUGGCCACCGCCAACGGACGAUAAACCAAUGCCACCUUCUUCUUGGGCCAAAAAGACUGGUUUCAAACCGAAAUUCUCCGGUGAGACUAAUGCUAGUGAUUCCGGUCAGAUAAACCGGUUACCUCCUAAGGCUAGAGAGGUUGAGCCACUGCAAGUGGAUCUUGAAGCUGGUCGUGUUCGUCCUCCACCAAAUGGAGUUGCGCAGAGUGAUAAUGUUGCUGUUACUGUUCCGGUUGUUAAAGAGCAAACGGUGAAAAAACGGAGGGAUUCUGAUGGUGUUCCGAGUACUAACGGUCAGGUGAAUCCGCCACCGGGAAUGGGGACGGGGACGGGAACGGAACAGCCGUCGCAGGUGCCGAGAACGGUGGGGAGGCGUGAGGAAGUUGUUGAUGGUUUGGUUGUUGAUGAUGAAGGAUUUGCGUCUAGGCAUGCUCAUAUGAAGUAUGAGCUAAGAGAUUCUCCUGGUUUAGUUCCUAUUAGCGUCUACGGUAUUCAGCAUUACGUUUCGAUGUUGGGUUCGUUGGUUCUCAUUCCACUUGUCAUUGUUCCUGCAAUGGGAGGUUCUCAUGAGGAAACUGCUAAGGUGGUAUCAACAGUGCUCUUGGUUUCGGGGUUGACUACUCUGUUGCAUAUUAGUUUUGGGUCAAGGUUACCCUUGAUACAAGGCCCUUCUUUCGUUUACUUGGCGCCGGCUCUGGCUAUAAUAAACUCCCCCGAGUUACAAGCAUUAAAUGGAAAUAAAUUCAAGCAUAUAAUGAGGGAGCUUCAGGGGGCUAUAAUUAUUGGAUCUGCUUUUCAAGCUUUACUCGGAUAUACUGGACUUAUGUCGCUCUUAGUAAGGUUGAUCAAUCCUGUAGUUGUAUCCCCAACUAUUGCUGCAGUUGGACUUUCAUUUUUCAGUUAUGGAUUCCCAUUAGUCGGUAAAUGUCUUGAGAUCGGUGCAGUACAGAUAUUAGUGGUUAUUGUUUUUUCCCUUUAUCUUCGUAAGAUAUCUGUUCUUGGACAUCGCAUAUUUCUAAUCUAUGCUAUUCCUCUUGGUCUAGCAAUUACAUGGGCAUAUGCUUUCUUGCUUACUGAAGCAGGAUUUUACAACUACAAAGGGUGUGAUGUAAAUAUACCUGCAUCAAAUAUGCUUUCAGAGCAUUGCAGAAAGCAUUAUUCUAGGAUGAAGCAUUGUCGGGUUGAUACUUCUCAUGCAUUGAAAUCCUCUCCAUGGUUUAGAUUUCCCUAUCCAUUACAAUGGGGUACUCCUGUCUUUCACUGGAAAAUGGCUCUUGUAAUGUGUGUGGUUUCCCUAAUCUCAUCUGUUGAUUCGGUUGGCUCAUACCAUGCAUCUUCUUUAUUGGUAGCAUCAAGACCUCCAACUCCUGGAGUUCUUAGUCGAGGAAUCGGUUUGGAAGGUCUUUCCAGUGUUUUGGCUGGUCUCUGGGGAACUGGAACUGGAUCUACAACUUUAACUGAAAAUGUUCACACAAUUGCUGUGACUAAAAUGGGAAGCCGUUGGGCAGUUCAACUGGGUGCAUUCUUUCUGAUACUGUUGUCACUCAUAGGUAAGGUUGGAGGGUUCAUUGCUUCAAUUCCUGAAGUUAUGGUUGCUGGUCUCCUCUGCUUUAUGUGGGCAAUGCUCACAGCAUGGGGAUUAUCAAAUCUACGGUACAGUGAGGCUGGAAGCUCUCGUAAUAUCAUCAUAGUUGGGUUAUCAUUGUUUUUCUCUCUUUCCAUACCUGCUUACUUUCAACAAUAUGGCAUCUCUUCGAAUUCCAACGUGUCUGUGCCAAGUUAUUUUCAGCCCUACACUGUUGCUUCCCACGGACCUUUCCAUAGCAAAUAUGCAGGGUUGAACUAUGUAUUGAACACACUUUGUUCACUACACAUGGUGAUAGCGUUCCUUGUUGCUGUUAUCCUGGAUAAUACUGUACCUGGCAGUCGGCAAGAGCGAGGGGUAUAUGUAUGGUCUGAACCUGAGGUUGCCAGACGGGAGCCUGCUGUUGCUAAUGAUUAUCAGCUACCCUGGAGAGUUGGUCGGAUUUUCAAGUGGGUGAAGUGGGUUGGCCUGUGAAAGAUUGGGAUUUUGAUGGUUUACAUUUUUCAUAUUUAUUGAAUGUUUGUGAGACACCAAGUAAUUCACAUAUCUGGGGCUCAAUGAUGGAUAGUAAUAGGUCAUGUUACAUAGUAAAUUCAUAUACAUUUUAGGGGGAAGGAAGGGGUGGGGGAGAUUAGUAGGGUCUAUUGGUGUUGUAAUUUAUUAGAUUAACCAUGUAUGUAGUUCUGAUUCAUUCAAAAUCUCUAGGUUUUUUUUUUUUUUCUUCUCUUGCUUUAGUGCGAGGUUUGACAAAUCAUUUUCAAUGUAUAUAUUCUCCUUUUACUAGUUUCAUACAGCUUCAUUGUAA